UUAGAUUUCACGCUCCAACAUUUUAACUUGCUUCAUCGCGUCAACAGGUUUAAAGGGCAUUUAUGAUCUCAUUCAACAAUGACUUUCCUUUAAAUGGUGUGCAGGGUAUGUACCCUAGUGGUAGAAAUGACCAUCGUUGUGUCCACUCGUCUGAUUUUAUCUUGUUACGUAAUCAUCAGUACCUUGGAAUUUUCACAGCUUCAAUCGUUGUUCAAUGAAGAUGACUUCCGUUGCGAAGAGAGGAGGUUUUCGAGGAUGGUUGACAGAUUGGAAAUUAAUCACGAAAAAAUAAAGGCUCUGGAAACUCAAAUCAGUAGUGUUGACCUUAAGAAUCAACACAAUACAGAACAAAAUAAUGUCAGAAUUUCUAAACUGGAAGAAAACGUUCAGCGUUUGACAAACAAAACCGAUACAGAACAAAAUAAUGUCAGAAUUUCUAAACUGGAAGAAAAAGUGAACAGCUUGACAAACAAAACCGAUUCCGUGCGGCUGAUGGGGAGGGAGUUUUACCUAGUUUACCCCCCUCUGUUUGUGGAUGAUGGCCAUAGUUACUGUGUCCUGUACGUGGUGUCUAUAGGCGCCGGAUCCUGCAAUGUGGCUCUACCACUGCUCAACAAGAGUCACACGCUAGAACUAAAACACGGGGAAAACCAACUCUUUCUGCCAGCAUCAUACAUGGCGCUUGAAAACCAAGUGGAGGGAAAGGGAGUCCACAUUGAGUGUGAUGUUUUCGUCAAUGUCUACGCCGCCAAACACGACAGAUACACCAAAAUAGUAUUUUUGGUUUUACCAAUACAUUUUAGAUUCCAUUAUGAGUACAGAUAUGUUCCCUCUAUUCAACCAAACCCUGUUUCUGAAUCACGUGCAUAUCUUUAUAACAGUACCUUAUCUAUAGUAUCUAGCGGCGAUCACAAUAUAGUGCAAAUAAAACUGAAUGUAACGGAGGAGGGGGCAAUUCAUAUUCGUGGCCAGGAUUAUGCAUACAACGAGAGUAUACAACUAACAAUGAACAAAUAUGAAUCUGUUGUCAUUUCCAAUUCCAUGGAUUUGACCGGAAGUACUAUAUCUUCUAUCGAUCCCAUAUCCGUUGCGACGGGUAACAAAUGUGGACGAUUAAACGACAGUUAUGCAUGUAAUGGAAUGAAUUUCGUGAUUCCUGUGGAUAACUCGCGUGAUAUUACCGGGUACGAUACGGAACACGGAUUCAUCACACCUUUUUUCGCUUCGUUCGUGAGAGGUUACAAAGUAAGGAUAGUAUCCACGAGACCUGACUAUCGCCUGCAGUACAGAUUAGGACACGAAGAUAAACUGGAGACCAUCUUUGUUCAAAGUGAUUAUAUAGAUAUUGAUGUGGAUUCAAAUAUUCCCGUUUAUAUCCGGACGAGUCGAUUUGUGUCUGUCACUGUGAUAACGCCGGGAAAAUGUAAUACGGACGGAAUUGGUACCGCCUUCAUGUUGUACAUUCCAGAUCAGCGGGCCCUUCUGACGGAGUAUCACUUCGCGGUGCCUGACCUCAAUACGACGAGCUUUAUAACAGUAAUAGACAGAAACGUUUCUAAUAUACGACUUGACGAUAAAACUAUAGAUGGGGAGAGAAAAACUAUUUAUGACAUCAAUGCAAAUCCAUUUGAAGUGGUAGCCUUAGCAAUACAAACUGGAUAUCAUGUGGUCAGAAAUAUUUUACAAGAACCUUUUUCUUUAUAUGUUUACGGAAAGCAAAAACCUAAUCUCGGAUACGGUUAUGUUGCAGGAUUCAAAAUCGAAAAAUGAAUUACCAUGUAAUGUUGUGUUGUGAUGAGAUUAUUCAAUAUUAAAGGAAUUCGUUUUAAAA